AUGUUUAGGACAGCCGUAAGGGUGACAUCAGAUGUCCAGGAGCGGAUCGAUGCGAUCAACCUAGCGCAACGCAUCGCGAAUUCUAACGGUUACAUUGGUAAUGUAGCACGUAGGCCAGAUCUUGGUGCGCAGCAAGAAUAUGCCACACUGUUUGAGUCGAAUAAGAUCAAUUUCUGCCUGCCCUUCAUAACCGACGACCCGAGUAAAGCUAUAUGGGCUAGUCUGGUGAAAUGCGGUCUCGAGGACCAAGUGAGAGUUGUGGAAAUACCUCCAACAAAUCUCAAAAAACAACUAGUUCGAAACAGAAUGUACGACCGCUUCUGUCUCACUCCAGACUGUGUAAUAUGCCCAUUCGGGAAGGAAGGGGACUGCAUGGUCUCUGGUGUAGUCUAUCUAAUUUCGUACAAAACAUGUGGGGACCAAUACAUUGGCGAAACAGGGCGCCCCUUUGUGUUCGCAUUAAAGAACAUCUAA